UUCACCCUACCCUUUGUAGGGUUCAUCUCUCUCUCUCUCUCUCUCUGGAAAUCAAUUCUCUCUUUCUUCGAUCCUUCAUUCACAUUCAUACAUAUAUUAACCCUAAUCAUCACAAUCACAAUUCUAUUCUAUCUAUAUAGUAGCUCACAAACUCUGAGAGCAACAAUUUACCCUAAUCUUCUUCAUUCUUGCGUUUCUCUGUUACCCUUUUAUGGAUGGACGUGUUUAAUGCUGCUGGUGUUGAUUCUCUUGUUGCUUCCAACAACCAAGAUCUUAAUCUUUUGGGAAAUCUUACUAAAGAUGGUGCAUUAUUUGAUGCUUCACAAUAUGCAUUCUUUGGUAAAGAUGUUGCCGAGGAAGUUGAGUUGGGGGGAUUAGAUGAUGUUAAUGAUUAUAUCCCUUCUGUUACGUUCAACGAGGAGGAGUUUUUUCACAAUGAAGAAGAGAUGGAUGAUGUAAGGUCUCUUUCUGAUAUUGAUGAUCUCACAACCACUUUUUCGAAGUUGAACAAAAUUGUUAGUGGACCAAAAAGUGCAGGAGUUAUCGGUGAUCGGGUAUCAAGAGAAAAUUCCUCUGCUUCUGAAUGGUCACAGAGGGAUGAUGUUCCCUACUGGGUUGACGAAGGUUCUCAGGAUGGCAAACGAUGGUCUUCACAUCCACAUUCUUCUGUUGCUCAUAUGCAAGAAUCAAAGCCCUUAUACAGAACGUCUUCCUAUCCUGAGCAGCAACGGCAGCUGCAACACCAACUCCAACAUCGCUCUAGUGAACCUGUUCCUAACUGGUUUGAUCAACAGUUGUAUGAUAGUGAAACUGCUGAUGCUGACAGGAGAUGGUCGUCGCAUCCACAUUCCUCCAUUUCACACCUAGAAGGACCGAUGCCCUUGCAUAGAACAUCUUCAUAUCCUGAUAAGCAACAAGAGCUUCAUCGUUUUUUGAGUGAACCAAUUUGGGCACCAAAGUCUUCAUUUACUUCUUAUCCUCCCCCUGGGGGUAGGUCUCAACAAUCUUCUCCAAAUUACAGUACAGGCCAGUUGAACAUUCCUUAUGCUGGGGGAGCUCACAUGGCAUUGUCAUCACAAAAUCGCUCUCAUCUAUUCAAUUCUGCAUCACACUUGGGUGGACCAAAAUAUGAGCCACAUCUUAAUGGAAACUUGGCCCAAUUUAAUACUGGCUCCCCUCUCAAUAAUCGAAUCCAGAAUCAGUGGGUCAACCAAACAGGGUUGUAUCUUGGAGAUAAUUCAAACCUUCUGAAUAAUAUGUUGCAGCAGCAACUAUACCAUCAUAAUGGAUCAGUGUCUCCUCACUUACUGCCUCAGUUGCAGCAACAGCAGCACAGAUUGCAUUAUCCUGUUCAGGCGUCAGCAGGCUUAAUGUCAGGUUUACAGCCACAUUUAUUUAAUCACCAUCUUCCGUCUGGAUCAUCCAUUGUUAGAGAGAAUAGACAAAAACCAACCCGUAAACAUCGGGUCUCUCAACAGGGUUCUAAUGCCAGUAGCCAGAAAAGCGAAAGUUGUUCAAUACAGUUCAGGUCCAAGUAUAUGUCUAGCGAAGAAAUUGAGAGUAUUCUUAAAAUGCAGCUUGCUGCUGUUACUCAUUUUAAUGACCCCUAUAUUGAUGACUAUUAUCACCAAGCUUCUCUUGCAAAAAAACCCUCUGGGGCUAAAUUUAAAUUUUCAUUUUGCCCAACCAAAAUGAAGGAUCUUUCUUCACGAGCCCGUGCCAAUACUGAGCCACACAGGUUUCUUCAGGUUGAUACUAUAGGGAGGAUUUCAUACUUGCCCAUUCGUCAGCCUCGCCCUCUUCUUGAAGUUGAUCCUCCAAACUCCUCUGCCAGUGGUGGCUCUGAGCGAAUUAUUUCAGAGAAGUCCCUUGAGCAGGAGCCAUUGUUUGCAGCCAGAAUCACUAUUGAGGAUGGUCUCUGUCUUCUCCUCGAUGUAGAUGAUAUUGAUCGUUUCCUUAAGUGCAAUCUUCUACAAGAUGGUGGAACACAAUUCACAAGAAGAAGGAAUGUCCUUUUGGAAGGACUAGCAACAUCACUUCAUCUCGUGGACCCACUUGGAAAGAAUGGACACAAAGCUGGUCUUACUGCCAAGGAUGACCUUGUCUUCUUACGACUAGCAUCUAUUUCCAAGGGACGGAAGCUCCUAGCGAAGUAUCUUCGGUUGCUUGAUCCUGGUAGUGAGCUUGUGCGGAUUGUCUGCAUGGCUAUAUUUCGUCAUUUAAGAUUUUUAUUCGGUAGUAUCCCCUCUGAUUCAGCAGCAGCAGAGACUGCCAGUGAUCUUGCUAUGGUUAUUUGUCAGUGUAUUGAAGGAAUGGAUCUUGGUUCUCUUGGUGCUUGUCUGGCAGCAGUGGUUUGUUCCUCAGAGCCUCCUCCUCUGCGUCCCCUUGGAAGUCCUGCUGGAGAUGGUGCUUCCCUUCUUUUAGUAUCUGUUCUCGAGAGCGCUACUGAACUUCUAACUGAUUCUCAAGUUGCUUCAAACAAAAAAUUGGGCAAUCGUUCAUUUUGGCAGGGCUCAUUUGAUGAAUUUUUUGAUCUUCUCACGAAGUAUUGUAUGAAUAAGUACCAGAGUAUAAUGCAGUCACUUGUUAUACAAGGGGAACAAAAUGUGGCUGCAAUUGGAUCAGAUGCUGCUAAAGUAGUUAGUAAGGAAAUGCCUGUUGAGCUCUUACGUGCAAGUCUUCCUCACACCAACGACCGGCAGAGAAAGUUAUUACUAGAUUUUGCUCAGCGCUCUUCGCCUGUGGCUGGAUUUAACAGCUAUGCUGGGAGCAGUAGUAGUAGUCGUGUGAACUCGGAGACAGUGCUUAGUUGAUAGUGUAGAGAUUUCUUCUGAUGAUAAUGGUUUUUUUGGGUUUAAUGUCGCAUCAAAUGCGCCGCUUACCUUGCAUCUGUUCAAGUACAUUUUGUAGCAGUCUAAAAUUGGAAAAUGCAAGUUGCAUCUGUGGCGGCGAUGCUGAUGAUUCCAUGAGAAUGUGUUGGCAUUUGUGAUAUAUUUACUUUCAGGCUCUUCAUAUAUCAUGAAAUACUCAGUUUGAUUUGUUCCUCAUGUCUUUUAUUUUAUUUACGACGGGGGGAGCUUAAUACUCGAUGAGACUUUUCGUAGACACACUAGUGGUUAGCAUGUACAGGUUUAGGAAGAUAUUUGAUUCCCAUGUUCCCUUUCAGUUAUGUAUACAAGUUGUGAGGGUUGGGUUAUAUUCAAAUCUAAUGAUAAUGAUGGGCAACUCUUGCCCUAGGGGUGCACUGGGAAACAUGUUGACCUGUUGGUGGGGCUGAAAUACCAUAGGAACUAGUUAAGAAUAAUCUAUGUUGACUUUGCUGGAUGGUCACUUUCCCAAACUCAUAGACAUGUCUUCUAAUGUCUUCAUUCAAUGAGAUAUCAUUUACUAGUAGUUUUAUGAUUU